AUGGACUUUUUGCCCUUUCCCCAUGCCGAGCAGCUGCCAGACCCCUUCGAACUGGGCUUCAAGAGGCAGCCCAAUUUUUGGUGUCCAAAUCUUGUGUGGGUGGCACUGUUGUUGGCCAUUCCCGGAGCCCUGGGCUUUUUUGCCGCGUGGGCAGUAGAAGUUGACCACACAAAACCCACGAAAUUGGUCGGGUGCGGAGAACUUACGAUCGAAUGCGAAGAUGAUGAGAUUCCAUGCCAGCCUUUGGAGAGCCAGGCGGGAUUUCCAUCCGAGCUGCGCUGCACCUAUCGGACAUUCCUCUUCAUGAUCAAUGAUAGCUAUGUGAAUGCCGACCCGGUCACGGGCAGCAUGUACGCCAUGUCCGAUACCGAUGAGUGGCCGUAUACAAAAAAUAUCUGGCUUGAGAUGACGACUCCAGAGAGGACAUACGCUUAUCAGCUCUCCAAUUUCACUUCACAAGUGCUUCAGAUGAGUCCGGUGUUUGACACAAGUUGGAUGGCACUAACUAUUGCCAAUCGGAAUGUUGAUGAAACCUGGAACAGCCCGAUGGGUGCGCUCAUCCACUUGCAAGCCGAUCUGCCGGAAGCCGAAAUCUACCUCUUCCGGGCCAUACGACAGACAAGUAUCCAAUGCACGCGUGUUGAUGCUGAUAAACUGCUGAUGCUCACUAUCCUCAUCCCCUCCGGAAACAUCGUUAUGAGUAACUUCGACCUGGAUGGGGAUUGGAAGAUCAGCAUAAUGGAGCAAGGAAGUGGGGCUUUUGAUGUCCGUUCACUAUAUGUAUGGACAGAUGCGAACAUAACCGAAAUCAAGGACGAAAAGGUAAACGUGAAAAGCAGCGCCGUGACAAUCUACGGUUUGGACGCCUCGUCCAUAUCAUUCUUCAUCGAAGAAACC